GUUUCUUUUGUUUCUUGGCUAACACGCAAAUGCACCUCACACAAGAAUGCAGCUCUCGGUUGUUUUUGUCUCUUUGUUUCAGGCCGGGUUUCACUAGAGAGGAAAGAACAGCGUUUGAAGCUAAACCAACUUUGUUUCGGGCCUUGAGAGAACAGAAAGUAGCAAUACAAUACACAAAAGCCACUAUGUAAGUCGGGCAGUUUGUUUUAUUUCGUAUUCGUCAUUCAC